GUGAGUCCCAGAAGUAUGACUACAGAGUAUUUGACUUUGGUAAGAUUAUUUAGCUCAAUGGUUAUUUUGAUUGAUUAGAGCUCUCUUAAUGGAGUCAUGGGGGUUUAAAUCCUACUGGAAUGAGUUGAAAUAAUGUGGGGUGAUGUAGUAAAGAGAGCAAUUAUAGAGAAUAUUAGAAGUUUUCCUGGUAAAGAGAGCAAAGAAACUGACAUUGGAUGGGACAUGCAAUUAACAGGGUUUUCUUCAGAUAAAUUAAAUUAGGUAACUUUGUAUAUCAAUGGGUAUGAUCCUAUCUAUAGAAAGGGAAAAAUUGAGGGUCUAAAAGAGAAAGCUUAAUUGAAGGGGUAAAGUUUUGAGAAGGCAGUUGAGGAUGAGAUCCAGAGUGUAAGAGGAGAAACUGGUCUUUGGUUAGAGAAGGGAUAUUUAUUCCAUUUUAAUGGAAGGGAAGACAGAUUGUAUGGGUUUGGAAUCAGGUUGGUAGAAUUGGUGGUAACAAGGCAAAGUAGUUCUUGUCUGUUUGCAUUUAUUUUCUCUUGGGAGUAUAAGGCAAAUUCAUCAGCUGAGAGUGGGAAAGGAGUAGAUGUUGGAGAUUUCAGAGAGAGAUAGGAGAGAGUGUUUGGAAUACCAUCUUGGAAAGAGAAAUAGGGAACUGACCAUCUUGGAUGCCCUUUGAGGUAUGUGUGAUGAAUUUGAUGUGAGUCCAGUCAGCACAGUUGUUGGAUUUUUCUCUUGGCAUGUCCAGCUUCAAGGAUGCAGUCAAGAAUUAAGAGGAGAGUUGGGUUUGACCAAAGCUGAGGCUUUGCCAGGUGAGUACAAUAAAGAAGAAAAGGGGCAAGGAAGUUAGAGUUGUUUUCAGUGAAGUGUGUAUGACAUUAGAUAGGAAAUCUAAACAACAUAGAAGAAAAAUAAGGCUAUAUGGCAGUGGGAGAUUGAAAAAAUGAUUAGGAUCGAUGAAUAAGAGGGCUCCAUGAGUUUGGAGAAUUACUGGAGUGGAAGUACUAGGGGAAGUAGGCUGGAAAGAUAGGAAAUGAUGGUGAGAGGGUAGAACGUUUUGAGCAGAGAUUUCAGAGGUGGUAUAGUGAUGACAAGGAAUGGAUUGGUUAGGUGAUGAAAAGGUGACUGAGUUUAGAGGGAAGGAAAGAUUGUUGGAGUCAGGAGAGAGGGCAGGGGUUGAUGGCUCUUCUGCGUUGGUGUAGAGACUUACUGCAGGAGCUGUGGUGAAAAAGGAUCUGUUGCUUAAGUUUCCAGUCAAUGAGGCAGGAUGAUUGUGUAGAAAGGUUGACAGAAGAGGCCUUAGAAAGGCCUGCUUGCCAAAUUGACCUUUGUCUGACAUCUGAGAACCUAGGUUUUGAGAGGGUUCCCACCAUUUCCAGAAAUGAUGAAAAGUGGCUCACUGUGCCUAAACUAUGGAAACAAUGUGGUUUAUGCUGAACACCUGAUUUCUUUCUGGGACUCUGGGACUUGUAUAUGCUAGGCACAGGAUGCCUACAUGACCAGGCCCUAGGAAAAUCCUUGGGCACUAAGUCUCUGGUGAGCUUCCCUGGUCGACAACAUUUCACACGUGACAGCACAAUUCAUUUCUGGAGGAAUUAAGUAUGUGCUGUGUGACUGCAAUUGAGAGAGGAUUCUUGGAUACUUGUGUCUUGUUUCCUCUUGGCCCAAUGUACCUUUUUCCUUAGCUCACUUUGUUUCAUAUUCUUUUGCUGAACUAAAUCAUAGUUAUGAGUCCUGUGAGUCCUUCUAGCAAAUUAUCAAGCCAGAGGAUUAUGGGUUAAAGUCUGGUAAUACUCUAAACAAGACAGGGACUUGGAAAGCUGAAUGAAAAAUGGUUGAAAGUAAUAUUUUCCUGAUUUUUAGGUGUUGAAGUACGUGGAUCAUGGUGUGCAGAGACAGACAACCUCCACUGGGGGGCAGUGUAAAGGGCGCAGGAUCCUCAGGAGACAGAUUUCAGCUAAAGCAAGUGGGUGAGGUCAUGGCUAAAGAGGUUGAAGGUAUAGUGGAGUUGGCUGGCAGUGAUUAGGGUUUCUGUAAAAGCCACUGUUUGAGCGUUCUGUUGGUGCCAGUGGCUGGGGAUUGCAGGAUAAGGGAUUGGAGAUAGAUUGAUGUGUUCCAUAGGUAUCAGUGGUUGAGGAACCUGUAAGAAUAUGUGAUUGGGGUGUUGGUGGGGGCAAGUGAUUAGAGACAUCUCUCACUGUUAGUGAUCGGGAUAUUUGUCAGGAUCAGUCAUUUUGGAAUUACAGGCUCCAUGAUUGGGAGGCAAGUGACAGUCGUUGAGGUUUAUAAGGAAUCAUUGAGGUUAGAGAUUGCUUGCCUGUGGAGGUAAGGGGUUAUCUUUAAAUGUUAAACAAACAUGUUUGAAUGUACAUUUAUUAGUAUCAAAAUUCUCCAAUAACUGUGUCAUCCUUCUUUCACCUGCCUAAUAAGGGGAAAACUUUAACGUGCAUUCAUUUCUUUCCUGUCCCCAACCCCCUACCAAGUUAUAGUCCAACUCAUUUUUCUUACAUCAUACUCCUUGACUUUAAGGAUAGUUUUAUAAGAAUUGCACAAGGACAUUAUCAAGUUACAUGGAUGUAACUAGACAUUUUACUGGCUUUAUUAUUCAUAGCUCUGUCUUUUCAUAUAUUAAGUCUUUACAAAUCUCAAAAUGUUUAUUCUGAUCGUUUUAUUUUUAAAAUGUUUUUGUUUUUAAAAUUCAUUCCUUUUUUUUCUCCCCCUCUUCCUUCUCCUCCUUCCCUGCCUCUCUCCUUCUAUUUUUAAAGUACAUAGGUAAUAUAUUUUCUGUGUCCUUAUAUGCCCUAAAUACUUUACUUUUGCCUCCAAAUAUAAAUGACUUUUGACUGAUUAUAAAAAUUAGCGGUCUCAAUUCUUCUACCUCGGAACUCUAUAAACACUAUUCCAUAAUCUUUUUGUUAUAGAAGAAAAGAUAAAGACUGAUUCUUGUUUUGUUUUGUUUUGUUUUGUGUACUUGUCUUUCUUUCUGAAAACUGUAUAAUUUUUUUUAUCCUUGAAUAAAAUAAUUCCCAGUAGGCUCUGUCUUAGUUUGGGCUUCUACUACACAAGACCAUAGACUGAGUGGUUUAUAACCAACAGAAAUUUACUUCUGGUAGUUCUGGAGUCUGGGAGUCUGAGAUCAGGAUGCCAGCAUGAUUGGGAUAUGGUGAAGCUCCUUUUCCAGGUGCAGACUUCUUUUUGUACCCUCUAAUCUCCCUCAUGAAGACUCCACUCUCAUGGCCUCAUCUAAUCCUAAUUACCUCUCAGAGGCCCUAUCUCCUCAUACCAUCUCAUUUGAGGGUAGGGUUUCAACAUAAGAAUUUUAGACACAAACAUCAGUCCAUAUCAAGGAUAUUUCUUAACAUCAUGAUCAACAGUGAAUGGUCAAGGGCUCAGUAACAUUCAACGAUGUGACUAUGGCCUUUACCCAGAGGGAAUGGGAGCAACUAGAUCCUGCUCAGAGGAGCCUGUACAAGGACGUGAUGCUGGAGAACUACAGCAACCUUGCCUCAAUGGGGCAUCAAGCUCCUAAACCAGACGUGAUCUCCAAUUUGGAAAAAGGAGAAGAGCCGUGGCUGGGGAAGGGGAAAAGACCUAGGCAAGGUUGUCCGGGUGAAGUAGUGAGACCCAAACAAACAGGAGCCAAUGAAAAAGAAGUCCAGCAAGAUGAGGAUCAGCUAAAGAAUCAACAGGAAUCUCAAAACAAACUCCUUAGGGAAGCUGUACUCAAGAAAAAAACUCUGACUAAGAAGAAAGGCCAUGAAUGCAAUUCACUGGGGAAAAAAGAUGUGAGUACAAAACAUGUUCCUUCAAAAAAAAAGCUUCUUAAAGUUGAUUCACAUGGAAAGAGUUUGAAACAAAAUUUAGACUUACCUGGUCAUAUAAGAAAUUGUGCAAAAAAGAAACCUGGUGUCGCUAAAGGGCACAGGAAAUCAGUCAGCCAUAACUUAUCUGAUACGAAGAACAAAACUCAAACUGGAAAGAAACAUAAGAAAUUAUCCAACCAUAGCUCACCUAAUAAGUGUGACAAAACUCAAACUGGUAAGAAACAUGACAACUUAGUUUGUCAGAGCUUAUCCCAUGCUAAAUGGGAGAAAAUUCAACCUGGUGAGAAACAUGAAAAGUCAUCCAGCCACAGCUCAUCUCCUACUAAGUGUGACAAAACUCAAGCUAAAGUGAAACCCUAUGAAUGUAACCAAUGUGGGAAGGUUCUCAGCCAUAAACAAGGACUUGUUGACCAUCAGCGAAUUCAUACUGGGGAGAAACCAUAUGAGUGUAAUGAAUGUGGGAUAGCCUUUAGCCAAAAGUCACACCUUGUUGUGCAUCAGAGAACUCACACUGGAGAAAAACCAUAUGAAUGUAUGCAAUGUGGCAAAGCCCAUAGCCAUAAACAUGCCCUCACUGACCAUCUAAGAGUUCAUACUGGAGAAAAACCCUAUGAAUGUACUGAAUGUGGAAAGACCUUCAGACACAGCUCAAACCUUAUUCAACAUGUGAGAUCUCACACAGGUGAGAAGCCCUAUGAAUGUAAGGAAUGUGGAAAAUCCUUUAGAUAUAACUCAUCUCUUACUGAACAUGUAAGAACUCAUACAGGUGAAAUACCAUAUGAAUGUAAUGGAUGUGGAAAAGCCUUUAAGUAUAGCUCAUCUCUUACUAAACAUAUGAGAAUUCAUACGGGUGAGAAACCCUUUGAGUGCCAGGAAUGUGGGAAAGCUUUCAGCAAGAAGUCACACCUCAUUAUACAUCAAAGAACUCAUACUAAGGAGAAACCUUAUAAAUGUAAUGAAUGUGGAAAAGCCUUUGGACAUAGCUCAUCUCUUACUUACCACAUAAGAACUCAUACAGGUGAAAAUCCCUUUGAAUGUAAUCAAUGUGGGAAGGCCUUUAAACAAAUUGAAGGCCUUACUCAACAUCAGAGAGUUCAUACUGGGGAGAAACCCUAUGAAUGUAAUGAAUGUGGAAAAGCCUUUAGCCAAAAGUCACACCUCAUUGUACAUCAAAGAACUCAUACUGGGGAGAAACCCUAUGAAUGUAGUGAAUGUGGAAAAGCCUUCAAUGCAAAGUCACAACUUGUUAUACAUCAGAGAUCCCACACUGGAGAGAAACCAUAUGAAUGUAAUAAAUGUAGGAAAGCCUUCAAACAAAAUGCAUCCCUUACCAAACAUGUGAAAACUCAUUCAGAAGAGAAAUCUCAUGAAUGAAAUUAAUGUAGAAAGUCUUUUAACUGAACAGGUGUCAUUUAACCUUAAAAGUAUAGUUGACCCUUAAACAACAUGAGAGUUGACCCUCCACACAACUGACAAUCCACAUACUUUUGAUUUGCCAGAGACUUAGCUACUAAUAGUCUGUUCUUGACCAGAAGCCUUAUCAAUAACAUAAACAGUUGAUUAACACAUAUUUUGUAUGGUAUAUGUAUCAUAUACUGUAUUCUUACCACAAAGUAGCUAGAGAAAAUAAAAUGUUUUUUUCAAACUGUUGCAAAUCUCAAAACAAUUCUCCAAUGUAUCUAUUGAGAUAAGUCUGUAUGUAAGUGGACCCACACAGUUCAAACCCAUAUUGUUCAAGGAUCAACAGUGUUCUGAAUUUAAAGAAUGUUAGAAAGCCUUUAACAAGAAGUCACACCUCAUUACACAUAGAGGAUUUAAAAAUGAAUCUUCACAUAGAAGCAAUAGAUGACAAGUUUAAACUUGAUACCAAGCCCUUAUGGAAAAUAUUGUUUUAAAAAUACUCAGUUAUUAUAAAUGAU